AUGCCUCCCAAGAGAGAACUUCCUUCAAAAGAAGCCGCCGUUUUCAAAAACAUUUUGAAAACUUAUGAGCACCGACAAUACAAAAAGGGCUUGAAGUUGGCCGAUUCGAUUUUGAAAAAGUUUCCUGAGCAUGGAGAAACUUUGGCCAUGAAGGGCUUGUUCCUUAACAACCUUCAGAAGAAGGAGGAAGGUUAUGAAUAUGUCAAAAAGGGCUUGCAAUAUGAUUUGACAUCGCAUAUCUGUUGGCAUGUGUACGGUCUAUUGCACCGUGCUGACAAGAACUACGCCGAAGCAGCAAAAUGUUACACUCACGCGUUAAAGUACAAUAAGAACGAUAUCCAUAUUUUGCGCGAUUUUGCUUUGUUACAAACCCAAAUGCGUCAGUAUGAUGCCUUGAUUGAAACUAGAACUCAGUUACUGCAGCAAAGACCUACAAACCCACCAUUUUGGAUUGGAUUGGCUGUCGCCCAUCAACUCGCCGGCAAACCCGACAAAGCAAUCACCGUGUUGACUUCGCACGAAGAGUCGGUUAAGGAUAUCGGCAAUAAGAUCGAACAUUCCGAGUUAUUGAUGUACCAUAACUCGCUGUUGGAGGAAAUGGGCGAUUUCAAGGGUGCAUUGGAACAUCUGGACAAGAUCGAGAAUCAGGUCAUGGAUAAGCGUGCUGCUAGAGAAAAGCGGGCUUACUUCCAGACCAAGUUGGACCAAAAGGAGGAAGCCGAAAAGGGCUACUGGAACUUGGUUGCCGAAAAUCCUCAUGACCGUGCCUACGUCAAGGCUUUGUUGGCAUUGAAGGGUUUGGAUGAUGAGAGCAAGCGUGCUGAAGCCUACCGAUUCUUGACCGAAACCUAUGACAAGUACCCCAAAUCCAAAGCCGUUGAAGGUCUCGUGCUGCAGUACGCUGAGGGUGACAAGUUUAACCUAAAGGUCGACGCCGUCCUCCAGAAUGCUUUGCGCAAGGGUGUUCCAUCUGUUUUCGCUAGCACAAAGAAAUACUAUGGUAACAGCGAAAAGCAUGCUGCUAUUGAAAAGCUAGUGUUGGGAUAUCGCGAAUCGUUGGAAAAGACUGGCCGCUUCACUGCUGAAGGUCAAAAGGAACCACCUACUGCUCUUUUGUGGACACUGUACUAUAUCGCUCAACACUACGAUUACCAUUCUCAGCACGAUAAGGCACUCGAGACUAUCCAGGCUGCAAUUGACCAUAGUCCUACUGUUGUCGAAUUGUAUAUGACCAAGGCCAGAAUCCUCAAGCAUACGGGCCAGAUCGAAAAAGCAGCUACUAUUAUGAACGAUGCUCGCGAACUGGAUCUUCAAGACAGAUUUGUCAACUCGAAAUGUGCAAAAUAUAUGUUGCGUGCCAACAAGGUUGAAGAGGCUGAAAAGACACUUGCCCUGUUUACGCGCAAGGAAGUACCUGCUAUUCAGGAUUUGGCUGAUAUGCAAUGUCAGUGGUUCAACAUUGAGGAAGGAUAUGCAUACUUGCGACAAAAGGAAUAUGGCAAGGCUUUGAAGCGAUUCCAUACCAUUGAAAAGAUCUAUGACGAUAUUUUCGAUGAUCAAUUCGAUUUCCAUACCUACUGCGCGCGUAAAAUGACCCUCCGAGCUUAUGUCAGUCUUCUCCGAUACGAGGACCAUAUCCGUGAUCAUCCUUACUAUCUUAAGGCUGCCAAGGGUGCUGUUGAGGCAUACCUGGCCAUCGCAGACAAGCCCAGCCCUUCAAACGGCAUUGAUGAAAGUGGAAUGAGCGAAGCUGAAAAGAAAAAGGCACGAAGCAAGGCACGCAAGGCCGAGCUCAAGGCACAAAAAACCAAUGAAAAGAAGGAAGAAGCAGCUGCUGCUGCAACGCCUGCAGCCAAGAAGCAGCCAGACGGUAGCAAACAACCUGUUGAUCAGGAUCCGGCAGGCGAGAAAUAUCUCAACACAAAGACACCCUUAGAAGAUGCCAUGCUAUUCAUCAAGCCACUGCAGCAGCUUGCACCCAACUCGAUCGAUACUCACAACCUUGGUUUUGAAGUCUACCUCCGUCAAAAACAAUGGGUGCUGGCUAUUCGAUGUUUGCUUAAGAUUUCUGAAAUUAACAAAUCUGAUCCAAGUUUGAAACUCAACAUUGAACGAUUUAAGAAGACUGUUGAUGCGGCAGCUCCUCUCGAUCCCUCCAUCAAGAAGAUCAUUGAUCUUCAAAUGGCAAAGCUCUAA